UAGUUCUUCAUGGUGUUUGAUGAAUUGAUCCUCUGCUGGUGCUUUUGUGGUAGUAUCACCUUCUCUUAUUUAGGUACAGCUUUGUUUACUUUGGAUCUGGUCAUCUGGGUCUCAUGUUCCUCCACUGGCUCUCCACAGGCUCAGAUGCUGCUGUCCCAUGCACCACCUGUGCUGCUGGUCCCAGGUUGUCUUAGGAUGCUGGUUGCCAGGGGUGGUGUGUUCAUGGCAACCCGGGGACUUGUAUACAGCCCCUGCUGCUGGUGGAGCUGGUGUCGAGGUUGUCACCACUGGGGGCUGAGUCACCAGUUCUGCUGUGGUUCCUGUUGCUUUUGGUUGCAGAUUCCACCUGGCACCUCUGGGCGGGGGGCAGGGCCUGUUUUUUCUGUUUCUCCCUCAUCUGCUCGUAGUUGUGCUGAUCGGGCUGCUUUGCAUUUGUGUGUGCCCAGCCACAGUCGCUUGACAGGGUGCCUUUGCAUGGGCUGGGCCACCGCCUUUCAGUGGGUUGCACUCACAUGGGCGGGGCUGCCACCGCUCCGCAAGCAUUCACUCAUGGGCCAGGCUGCCCCUGCCUCCACUCACAGUUGCGCUGGGUGCUGUGUGAGGAUCGGCAACCUGUAUUGCUUCCACCCAGGAGCAGGAGGGGGCCACUUCUCUAGUUCCACUGCUUCCUGGGGGUCCAGUCCACCUACCUUCAGAUGUAUAGCUGCAUGGAUCUCUCAGUCAUCCUGUUGUGCUGUGUAGGGAAUCCUCUGUUUAAUGAAUGUCUGUUUAGUUGUAACUUAGAGUUGAGAGACAAAGAACACCUCACUCCGCCAUGAUGCUGACGUCACUCCUCCCUCCUGUCUUUCUUAAUCUCAACCUCAGAAGUGAUGUCACUACCUCCCUCUGGGACCCCAGGGAAGCCCCUGAUUAGAUCUAUAGGGGUAACUAGCAUGGUCAAUGCAGGGGCGAUGAGUGCCUCUGGGAACCUGAUGGAUUUCCUUGAUGAGCCAUUCCCUGAUGUGGGGACGUAUGAGGACUUCCACACCAUCGACUGGCUGAGGGAAAAGUCUCGGGACACCGACAGACACAGAAAGAUAACCAGCAAAAGCAAGGAGUCCAUAUGGGAGUUCAUCAAGAGUUUGCUGGAUGCCUGGUCAGGAUGGGUGGUGAUGCUGCUCAUCGGCCUGCUGGCGGGCACCUUGGCUGGGGUCAUCGAUCUCGCUGUCGACUGGAUGACUGACCUGAAGGAGGGGGUCUGCCUGUCUGCCUUCUGGUACAGCCAUGAGCAGUGCUGCUGGACUUCCAACGAGACCACUUUUGAGGACAGGGACAAGUGUCCCCUGUGGCAGAAAUGGUCGGAGCUGCUGGUGAAUCAGUCAGAGGGGGCCAGUGCUUACAUUCUGAAUUACCUAAUGUACAUCCUGUGGGCGUUGCUGUUUGCAUUUCUGGCUGUCUCCCUGGUGCGCGUAUUUGCACCAUACGCCUGUGGCUCUGGUAUACCAGAGAUAAAGACCAUUUUGAGCGGCUUUAUCAUCAGGGGCUACUUGGGGAAGUGGACCCUGCUGAUCAAGACUGUCACCCUGGUGCUGGUAGUGUCCUCGGGCCUGAGCCUUGGGAAAGAAGGGCCGCUGGUGCACGUGGCUUGUUGCUGUGGCAACUUCUUCAGCAGCCUUUUCUCCAAGUACAGCAAGAACGAGGGCAAGAGGCGUGAGGUGCUUUCAGCUGCAGCUGCUGCCGGAGUCUCUGUUGCCUUUGGUGCUCCAAUCGGGGGUGUGCUUUUCAGUCUAGAGGAGGUCAGUUACUACUUUCCCUUGAAGACCUUGUGGAGGUCCUUUUUCGCGGCCCUGGUGGCAGCCUUCACUCUGCGAUCCAUCAACCCCUUUGGGAACAGCCGCCUUGUUCUCUUUUACGUGGAAUAUCACACGCCCUGGUACAUGGCCGAACUCUUCCCCUUCAUCCUGCUUGGGGUCUUUGGGGGCUUGUGGGGAACCCUCUUCAUCCGCUGCAACAUCGCCUGGUGCAGGAGGCGCAAAACCACCAAGCUGGGGAAGUACCCGGUGCUGGAGGUCAUCGCGGUGACUGCCAUCACCGCCAUCAUCGCCUACCCCAAUCCCUACACACGCCGGAGCACAAGCGAGCUCAUUUCCGAGCUGUUCAAUGACUGUGGGGCCCUCGAGUCCUCCCAGCUCUGCGACUACAUCAACGACCCCAACAUGACCCGGCCUGUGGAUGACAUCCCAGACCGGCCGGCUGGAGUCGGGGUUUACACGGCCAUGUGGCAGCUGGCCCUGGCUCUGAUCUUCAAAAUCGUCAUUACCAUAUUUACCUUUGGCAUGAAGAUCCCGUCGGGCCUCUUCAUCCCCAGCAUGGCUGUGGGAGCAAUGGCGGGCAGGAUGGUGGGAAUCGGCGUGGAGCAGCUGGCUUACCAUCAUCAUGACUGGAUCAUCUUCAGGAACUGGUGCAGGCCCGGAGCAGACUGUGUCACCCCAGGACUUUACGCAAUGGUGGGAGCUGCAGCCUGCCUAGGUGGAGUUACCAGGAUGACGGUGUCAUUGGUGGUCAUCAUGUUUGAAUUAACUGGUGGUCUAGAGUACAUUGUGCCCCUGAUGGCGGCAGCUGUGACCAGCAAGUGGGUGGCUGAUGCCUUUGGGAAAGAAGGCAUCUAUGAGGCCCACAUCCACUUAAACGGGUACCCAUUUCUGGACGUGAAGGACGAGUUCACCCACCGCACGCUGGCCACUGACGUCAUGCGGCCGCGGCGGGGAGAGCCACCACUGUCCGUGCUCACCCAGGACAGCAUGACCGUCGAGGAUGUGGAGACGCUCAUCAAGGAGACCGACUACAAUGGCUUCCCCGUGGUGGUCUCCAGGGACUCCGAACGCCUCAUUGGAUUUGCCCAGAGGAGGGAACUGAUUCUAGCAAUAAAGAACGCCAGACAGAGGCAGGAAGGCAUCGUGAGCAAUUCCAUCAUGUACUUCACGGAGGAGCCCCCUGAGCUACCGGCCAACAGCCCACACCCCCUGAAGCUGCGGCGUGUCCUAAACCUCAGCCCUUUCACGGUCACGGACCACACCCCCAUGGAGACGGUGGUAGACAUCUUCCGGAAACUGGGGCUCCGGCAGUGCCUGGUGACACGGAGUGGGAGACUUCUUGGGAUCAUCACGAAAAAGGAUGUUCUGAGACAUAUGGCCCAGAUGGCAAACCAGGACCCUGAAUCCAUCAUGUUUAAUUAGAAACAAGGUGGCAAUUAUUUUGAGGAAAACACAACAACUGUGUCAUUUUAAAAGAAAGAAACAAAUGAUAGGUUAUUAUCCUAAUGAACGAUCAUGCGAUCAUGCGCUGUAGGCAGUGGAAACAAAAGCUUUGUUUGAAAGGAAGGGAAGAAGAAUGAAACUUUUUUUUUUUUAAUACAUCAAUGAGUAGGUAUUUUAUAGCUUUAACCCCUUAUGAGUUUCAAGCUGUGUUUCUUAAUGAGUUUACUAACUGCUAUGGGGGCAUGAGGGUGGAUGUAAACCAUGUGGUUUGUACAAGGACAUGGAACACACGUGCUGAGUCAAGAAAUGUUUGCCCCUUCUGCUUGAGGCUGAUGCUUAUGAAGCUUUGAGUCCCAAAGGCAAAGGGUGUUGGCAUGUUAGCGUCCUUAUUUAUUGGUUCCUGAAGUUUUGCUGCUAUGUUACUGAAUCAGACUAAAGAUAUUUGCACUUACUUUGUUGGAAAAGAAAAAGAAAUUAAAUUUGAACAUAGUGAAAGCUGCAAGUAUGCCAGUGGUUUCACUCAUGACCAUCCCAUUUCUUGCUCCUGUUCUCAGCCUGUUAUUUUGCUUAGUCAUCAGUCUCUGAGCCAACAUCAGGGUCACCUGCUAUGAUGAGUAUGAAGAAAUCAUUUCUCUAUGCAAAGACUAGCAUCGUGGGACUGCACGACGAACUGCUGGAGCGUUUAGUGCUUCACUGUAUUUCCUCCCAUACGAAGACAUUCAUCCUUAUUUUGAGGGUAUACGCAUCCGAUCAUUGAUUUGCAUUGCCAUUGUGUUUGCUUCAUUUAUUUAUUGCUGUUGCUUGUGCAUCUUUAAAUAUGGAUCAGAACAGCACUCUCCAUGGGCCAUAUCCUAUAUGCCUCCAGCUUGCUGUAAAUGUGCUUUAAUUUCCAAAUGGCAUAUGCAAGAGUCAAAGCAGGCUACCCAGUGUUACUACUUAUUUUUCCUCUCAGAUCUUAUUAAAUACGGCUGCUGGGAGGGUGAGGCGUACGAGUUCUCAGUGGGAACUCCUCCAAAUGGAUUGCAAGAGAAAUACAAAAUUGACUCUAAAUCUCUUCCAUUCUCUUCUCUAUAGGGUGCAAAACGUCCAGCUUUAAUGUAUGAGCAUGCACUUUCAUACUAGCAAUCAAAGCACAGAAGGACAGAGUUAAAUUGUAGACAGCCAAUUUGAGCUUUGGGCAUCUUUGUGUUGAACUUAAUGAUACAUUUAUUCUUUUAGUCAGGACUUCUGGCUUUUCUGCAGGAAGGAAUUCAGCUGUAUUUUUCAGGUCUGCCGUAUGAUCUGUGUGAGCAAGAUUCAGCCCACUUGCCCUUCCCUUUAGUCUUUGUUCUUCCCUUUCCACUGCGUCAUCCUCAUCGUUUUCAAUCUCAUCAUUGGGUAUUGCUGUAUCAGGUGUGCAUUUGGCUUCAAAUAAUAGAAAACCCAACAGUGAAGAGGUGAAUAAGAAAGCUGGGGGCGGGCACUCAGAACUGUCUCUCUAACGUCAUCAAGGACCCACACUCUUCUGGUGUUUUUUCCAACCUUCCUUACCCUUUGUCCUUUGGCUUAUUGCCUCAUAGUCACAAGAUGGUUUCUGAACGGCUGGGUAUCAUGUCUGCCUUCUAAGCAAAAAGGGAGGAAGAGGCAGGUGACAAGGAAUGGUAUCCACAUCAGGACAGCAGAGCUUUCCCAGAGAUGCUUGUGUCCACUGGCUAGAAUUCUGUCACAUGGUGCCCCUAGCUGUCUAUGAAUCUGGGAAGGAAGAUUUUCAGCUAGGUGUAUUACUCUCUGAACGAAAUUUAGAUUCUCUUAAUAAGGAAGGGGAAUUGGUCUUUGGGAGGGGAAUAUUGUCUGCUGUAUUGGAUGCCAUCAUUGUGUCCCUGCCAUUGUCUUUCCUGUCUUCUUUACUCUCUCUCGCCGUACCCCUCUGAACACUCUUUUAACCUUAUGGCCCCCCACUCCUUCUUUCAGAUUUGAUAUAGAACUCCCAAUCAGAAUCUGUCAUUUCUUAGCCCUAAUAAAAAUGUUCAUUUUGGAUAAAAACCUCGCUACAGGCGGUGUCUGUGAAACUUCUAGUUGCUGUAAGGAAAUAUACUGAUGUGUUCUCUGGGCUAAAAACGUUUAAGUCAGAUCAUGCUAACGAAUGAUGGAGAAUUUGUUUCUGUAAUUGGCCCCCUCCAAAACAAUAUCAAAGGGCCACUUCAGGGUGGAAAUAGCAGUCGAUAGGAGAGAAUGUAAUCUUUGCUCCUAUAAUAGAUUGAAGUUCAUCCUCGUUCGCAGCAUGUAAGCAUCGAGUAACAGAUCCUGAUAUUAAUGUUGUUGUUGGGGUUUCCAUGGAACAUGUGCAAGUGAAGCUGGAUAUUCUCCUGGACUUUAAAUCCUAAAAAGUCUUAAAGACUGCUUCAUGUAGUUCCCCUCUCAUUCCCACGGGGCCUCCCAAAAGAUAUUAGUCAUAGCCUGGAUUUGUAUAAUCCAGGACACCCUUUUAGCUGAAACAAAGAGCUUCAGAAGGGAACACGGAACAGUGAGCAGAUAGCCAAAGGUCAGUGAAACCACAGAAUUGCCUCCGCCGCCAGCUGAGGCAGGGGAGAGAUGAGGGGACACUUUACUCUGGGCCAAGGUCACCGAGGGGAGUUGUGUCCUUCUCCCCAGGGCUUAGCAUAGAGAUGUCCGUGACAUCACGGGAAACAGUUGGGAGUAUUACUUGAGUUAAAUAACCUAACCUUGUUUUCCAUCACGAGUUGAAGCUGUAAAUUGUCGUGGGGCUCAGGCUCUCCUCGACAGAAGGCCAGGGUCAGACAGGCAGGUUAAGGUCAAGGAUGGGGGAGUUUGCAGUGGGGAUUGCCAGAGACAAUUGCCUUCCUCCCCUGGAGCCCUAACAGCCAUGGGGUCCACUCAUCCACCGGCCUGAGGCCUCAGACAAACUUCCUGGGGAACAUGCUGCUGAGCUUUGUCAGACUUUCUCGUAAAAGUACGUGGGCAGGGAUGCUUGAAAGUAUUUGCUGUAGCCAAAUGUAGAAGUUCACGCAUUCUACAUGGUGCUCUGAUGAGCAAGACGAGUAGAACUGGGAUGUGGAGGUGAAAUAAACAUUUCUCAGAAGAAUGUGUUUUCUUUUCCAGGCUCUAGACAUUUGUAGAACUUUCUGGAUUCUUUCUGAAUCAGCUUUUGAUGUAAAUAAACAUAGAUACGUGAUGGAAAAAGAGUUCUGUAAUGAGACACAUCAACCUAUUUCUUGCUCCCCCUCUCAAUUACUGUGGAAAUGUGUUGUAGAAGGAUGACACCAAAUAAAGAGUAUCCUGAAAGUGACAUGCGAAUUUCUUGCAAGUGUUUUUCAGAGCCUCCCCUGGGAAUGCAGAUGUGCCAGUGGCUUUUAGGGAAAGGUAAAUGUGCUAGAAGCAAAUCAGUAGUCAGUGUCUGCUGUUACUUAGAACCAGGUGAUCUCACAUUUCUGUAUUCAGUGCUCCCCAGAGGCC